GACCCCAUGGACCAGAGCACUAAAGAUAAUAAUAUCUGCUUAUUGUUGACAUUACCGGUGUCUGCUUUGUGUUGUUGCCUGAAUGUCAGAGGCCAAAUAUCAGUCUGCAAGCUGGGAAGAUCAACUCUGCUUUUGCCUCACCGGCAGCCGUACCUGAGUCUGCCUCCACUCUCAGACAGAAAAGUUAAUGAAGACACUUUCAGAAGCCUCAGGAUCCUUUUCUUAUUCAAGCUGUUAAUCUACUCUUCCUUUGGCACUUUGAGUCAAGCAGCAGAGAAUCCAACCUAUCAUGUGAAUGGGAUCCAGGGAGGAUCAGCCUCCCUUUCUUUAAAUAUACCCUCGGCCCAAAAUGUGGUCAAAAUUGGAUGGGCCUUCCACCCCACAUCUGGGGAGCCAUAUCUGCUUGGUGAGUUCAGGGAUGGAAAAUGGGACCAGUCAAAUCCCAGGAGCUGGUAUGAACAACUGAUGGAAAGUGGUGAUGCCGUCGCAUUGAGGAUCAAGAACUUGACAAUGGUUAAUGAGACCACUCUGAGGAUCAAGAACCUGACAAUGGAGCAUAGUGGGCUGUAUGAAGCUCGUGUCUGGUUUAAUGCCGUGCAGUUCCAAGAACACCACUUCAUCCUCACUGUUUAUGGCAAGUAAUGAUUUCACCAUCUUUGUCAGUUUGUGGUGGAGCUGAGCAUAGAAUGGGAAGAUCAUGAAAUAUGAUGGGGAACCCUUUUCAACCUGAGGACCACAUCCUCACCUA